GGGAGGGGAGGGCGCAGGUCCGGUUGUUAUGGUGAAGCAUUCCCCCCGAGGGCAGGAGCGGGAGCAGGAGCACCGCACCGCACCGCACCCGACUCAGUGUCACAGCCGCAGAGACCUGCUCGGGAGCCGCUGCCGACAGUCAGCUCACCUCUACAGCUGCAAACAGAAACAAGAGUCACUGAAGCCAUCACACCGAACUCUCUAAUUAUGAAGACCAGCAGCAAGUUGACUUUGGACUCGUCAUCACCAGGAUAUAUUUGAAUGCUGUCACUCAUCAUUCUCUGAAGUACACCCUGUGUGAAUCUAAAAAUGCCCCUUUUCAUUGUCAUUGCUUAAACCCCCCUGGUUCUUCCUACCUCAUUUUUAUAUAUUUUCACUAUGGAUUGUUUUAAACUUCUGGAUCCAAGUGUCACACACAGUUGCUGCCUCUAUGAUUUAGGAGCUAAAAUGGCGCAUCCAACCUGGAGAGUAGUUUGAUCCUGCCGUUCGAGCACCACCUCUUUUUCCUUCUACCUCUCUUAUCCACAGUGAAUCAUUUGGCCAAGUUACCCACAGUUGACAUGGAUGGGAGGACCAACAGCUGGUCACAAACCACUGCUUGGAUGCUUGUGUUUUGGACGGAAUUCUCUCACCUUUGUUCCUUGGCAAGAUAAAAGUCCUUCUGGAAGAUGGGAAAGAGACAUUGCAACAAUUUUCUGUGUUGCUUACUUGUGAAAUCAUGGAGAUAUCUGUGACCUGAUGGUGCAAAAAAAUGUUGUUUCAUUCAUCAUUCAUCAGACAUUGUUGAAGCAGGAAGGCCUUUUCAAGUGGCACAUAGGAGGCAUAUGAAAAAUUUGGAAACUAUCUUAAUCUACAAGGAUAUUAAAUCAAACAAACAGGAACAGAGAAGCGAAGCACCGCGACAGUUCGUGGUGGCAUGGCAGCAGAUCACGGUGAGCUGCUGGCUGAGAUGGCCACAGUCGGGCGUCUGAGUGCCACCGAACGCCUCAAGCACGCCCAGAAGCGCCGCACUCAGCAGCUGAAGACUUGGGUGCAGAUGGAGAAGGAUGCGGCACGAGGGUCGAGGGCCAAAGCGGACAAGAAGAAGGCUCGCACCACCAAAGUCACGUUCCCCAACACCGUCACCCUCCUAGAUGCAGCCGCCCGCAAUGACCUGGACGAGGUGAGGGAGCUGCUUAACAGUGGCAUUAGUCCAGAUCUGGUCAAUGAGGAUGGACUGACGGCCCUUCAUCAGUGCUGCAUUGAUGACUUUGUGGAGAUAGUACAGUGCCUGCUGGAUGCUGGUGCCUGUGUGAAUGCCUGUGACAGUGAGUUGUGGACACCACUGCAUGCUGCUGCCACCUGUGGACACACUGGUCUGGUGCAGCUCCUGAUUCAGGCUGGGGCUGACCUGCUGGCUGUCAACGCGGAUGGCAACAUGCCCUACGACCUCUGUGAGGACGAGGCGACCCUCGAGCUGCUGGAGAUGGUCAUGGCUGAACAGGGGAUAACUCAGGACCGUAUAGAUGAAUGCAGAGGAGCUAAAGAGGCGGCCAUGCUAGCUGACAUUCGGGCUCUGCUUCAGAAUAAAGCCGACUUAAACGCUCAGGAUAAUAAUGGAGCAACACUGCUCCAUAUAGCAUCUGCUAACGGCUACGUAUCGGUGGCGGAGAUUUUGCUCGAGAACAGGGCUGAGGUGGAGGUGAAGGACUCUGAUGGCUGGACACCGCUACAUGCCGCCUCCUGCUGGGGACAAAUGCAGAUGGUGGAACUGCUAGUAGCCCAUGGAGCCAGUCUAGACACCAAGUCUGUCCUGGAUGAGACGCCUCUGGAUGUGUGUGUGGAUGAGGAGGUGAGAGCCAGACUAAUGGACCUGAAGCACAAACACGAUGCCAUCAUGAAGAGCCAGGAUCGGCAGAAGGGCACGCUGCAAAGACGAGCCUCUAGUACCGGCAGCAGAGGUAAAGUGGUGCGUCGCGUCAGUGUGAACGAGCGUUCAAGUCUGUACCGACGAGAGCAUCAGAAGGAGGCCAUUGUGUGGCAGGAGCGCGGCCGACAACCUGAUCCACAGGAUGACGACGAGGACAGACAGACGGACAAUGAGCUGAACCAGCAUGCCACCAGGGUUGCUGUUACUACAGCAACAUCACGUUUAGAGGAACUGGAGGCUGCAGACAGGAAAAUAGUGUCCAGCCUAGGUAAUGGAGGGACAUCCGUUUCCCUGGCUGCCUCUGUGCCUGGAGAGCUGUGGAGCGGUGGAGGUCGCAUGGAGCGCAGCGCCUCCUACCAACUAAGCCCCGCACCCGGAGCCGGGUCAGGGUCUGGGUCUGCAGAGGGCGAGGGUGCAGACAGCAUGACUCGAGAGAAGUCCCACCACACACUUGCUGACCUGAAACGCCAGCGGGCAGCUGCCAAGCUCAACAAAUACCAUGCACCUCCACCGCCCCUGCCCCCUCCUUUAGAGGAGGAGCCCUCUGUCGAGGCUACAGACACUCAGGCCCAGCCCGAGCUCCAAGUGACGCCCGGAACAGAGCAGGUGGCCUCUCCGAGCCAGGUGUACUUCACCCCAGCCAGCGGAGAUCCUCCGCUGCUGAAACUUCGAGCCCCUGAGGAGGACCAGUCUAACAACAAGGAGCCCUGCUGCGGACUCAUGUAGACACACUCAGACAUAUACACGAUCACACUGCCUGCAGAGUCGAGGGGCCUUGGCAUGUUACACCGCAAAGUGGCAAAAACAUUUAAAAACAGACAUGUUGGUAAAUGAACCAUUGAAGAAUGUAAGUUAAGGCCAGUGAGGGUUCGAUCUACUCUGCAUUUCAUAUAACUAGUGCAAUCCACAGUAUGUGCUUCUCCCUCGUCUCAUCUUUUAUUAAUCAACAUAAUACACCUUACACUCUACUUUUCUAAAGGUCUCAGCACUCUCUGAUGCCCCCUCUUGUGAUCUGAUGGACUCACUGCGUGUGAAACUUAAGGUUUCCAUCUAGUGACCUGGAAGAGAACUACAAGUAUUAAUCACAGAUCUGCUUUACUCAGUCUUUAUGGUCUUUACUUUACUCAUUGCUCACACAACUAAUCAAGUAGAAUCAUUAGAAUCAAGAUCCUCAGAAUUAAAUUCACUUGAUUUGCUUUAAACUAAAAUGAAUGAAUGAAUGAUGUCAAAGUUCUGUUUUCUUUGCUGAGCGAGUCCUUUGUGUGGCGGCAAUGACGAGUCAGACCAGUACAGAAUGUAUAAUAGAUAUAUUUAUGUCCUUGCAAACAAUAGAGAGCACCGCCCACACACUACCCAGUGUGUGUGAGUCAAACCUUGUAUAUCAGCCAUGAUCUGAUUUAAGGAAAACCUGAGGCCUGUACUAUGAAGCAGGAUUCAUUAGUGGUUCACCUUUUGCCAUGGUAACUCACUGUAUGCUGUUUGCACUUAGUCUACUAAGAUCGAGUCAUUAUUCCUAGAGGAUCCUGACAGGGACAAAAAAAGUUUAGAGUAUAGUGACAAAGAAUGAAGAGCAAUAGAUAGUUUUAUAGAUCAGUGGAAUCAUGUAUCUGUUCCGGACUUUUCACGUGUGCUCACCAGCAGAGCUUCUGACAGAAGGAGAGUUUAUCACACCAAAUGACUACAUUUAAACUAUUACAGCUUUAUUUUAACUGAACAAAGAUUCUUUGAUUCUUAACAGAAUCCCUGACAGUGCUGAUGACGUUAAAUCAUUUUCAUCUCCCCUCUCUGCUUUGGGCACCACAUUAUAUUACCUUUGCAUCUCAUCAUUAGACAAUGGAGCAAAAGUGCUCGCUCAGUGAGAAACAUAAUGCCUGAACUUGUUUACAAUACGUCCUUAACAUUUUUUUUUUAAUUAUUGGAACUGAUUUCUAGCGGUUAUUUUCUAUUCUUGUGGUUUGAUUAUAUUGUUGACAUUUCACCUUCAUUUAGCCCACUCCUCUGAUAGAAUUUACUUGCAGGUAUUUGCAUUACUUCUCAUAUCAUAUCAAGUACUUUAUUCGUGGAUUCAUUCCCUCGUAGGAAAACACAGAGUUAACUGAGCCUCUUAAUAACCAGCGGGCGGCCGGUGUUUGACUCAGUGAAGCCAGAUAACCACAAGAUAUCCUGGGUAUGUUGAAGUUACUUCGUAGUACAGGCCUCAGAUAUUCUCAGAUAUUCUUUCCUACGAAACUCUGGUUGAAACAAUUAAACAACAACAAAACAUCGAUACAACACUAUAUAUAUCAUAUAAUAUCAUGUAGUCCAGGUCUUGAUGACCCACCAAGGAAAUGUCCCAACAUUCCUUGCUAAGGACUUGUCACAAAGGUCAUGUACGUACAUCUACAUUGUCAGCGAGAGGUGUUUUGUGGUUGGGGGAUACCUCGAUCAUGAUAGUUUCAAUAUACCACACAACUACUCCGAUGACUGUUUUCUUGCUAGAUUUUUAUUUUCUUUGACUGAAAAUAUACUGACUAUUUUUUUCUUUUAUUACUUUUCUAGUGCACAAGAAUAACUAAAUUUCAAUGUGUCAUUGUGCAAUUUGUAAAUGAAAUCUAUUUUCUAUUUUUCUAGCCCCUGAAUGGAAUCACAUUAUUUAUUCUAUCUGAUACUGAACAUUGCUCACAGUGUACAGUUAUUGAACCAUUUAAAAAAAAGAUAAAUAUAUAAUUCUAUGAGAAUGAAGGCAAGAUUUUUUUUGUGUUAACAGUAAUAUUAAAAAAGAUGAUAGUAAACUUGUUAUAUGAUAAUUUAUAAUUUAUUUGAUAAUUUGAUUGCAGUAGGUCCCACUGGUAAAUUUGGUGGAAUGAAUGGAUCUGUCAGACAUGGACUCCAAUCUGACGUACUGUCAGUGCACUCCAGUUCCUGUAUUUGCAUUUCCCUUUUGUCAGUGAUUUUUAAAAACAAAACAUAAAAUUGUUCAUGUUUUCAAGUA